UGGGAAGACAAGAAGUUAACAAGUCGUCACCGUUGGUCUAUAGUUAUUGUCAAGUUACCAGCGGCUAGCUCGUUCGGCGUUCACCGUUGAGUACUUCGGGAAGUCAUACUCCUAACUCAACUACUCGUUAACUCUUCUAAUUGCCACAUGCUCCUUUGCGUAUUUUCGUCUUUCUUUCGACAUCCUCAUUCCUCGAGUACCUCCAAAUGUAUAUUCCGUGAGGUAUUCAGCUCUUCUAAUUUUGCACCUCUUUUAAGUAUUUAGUAUCAGCAAGGCCAAGCAACAAGUACCAAUUGCCAAUUGGCACUCCUCACAUUCGAGCGUGAAAUUUACUCACAUGGGUUUGCAAGACUUCCAUUCACAUCUGUCAUCUAGAGGAUCCCUCCCUUCCCAGCCAUCCUGUAGCCACAUAUGUGUUCUGAAACAUAUGAAUACAAGCACAUAUACAGUUUGGAAAUCACAAAAAUAUCUCGCAAACACAAUACACAUUCGCGACAAUGCCACAAGACAUCAGCAACCUAGACUGCUUCAAGGGUCGUUGGGUGCUGGAUAAGAACAACUCUGAAGGAGUUGGACCACUUUUGAAAGAUGGGGGUGUGAACUUUCUGAAGCGUAAGACUUUGUGUGCGCUCACUAUUGACCUAGAACUCCAAGUCGCAUGCGAAGAAGAGGACAAAGUAACUGUCACAGAAGUGCAGUACACUUCGUUUGUGAAUAUGAUCAACAAGAUGGAGCUCGGCAUUAACAAUGGUUUUCUCGGUUGGACGGAUUACCAUGAUGAUGCCUUCUCAGUAUACUGCAGGAAGCAAGCAAAGUGGGAUGCUGCAACUGACAGGCUUUGGAUGCACGCAGUAUCUGUAAAAAAACAUGAAGGCGACUACGACUGGACGGAAGAGCGUUGGGUCGAGAACGGUCAAUUGCACUGGCUAACAACGCAGAACUACAAGGGCAAAAUUACCACAAACCAUCGAGUUUUCGUUCAUAAGGCAUAGUUUAAUCCGUAGGUAUUAAAAUAUAAAAUAAAUGUAUAAAAG